AUGGCGGCCCUGCACGUCUAUUCCGAUCAUGACCAAACACCUGCCAGUGUGCAACAUCCUAAAUGGGUUGUGAUGCCAUCAGCCAAGGUAAUCAGUGCAGAUAACACUGCUGACCUCAAAUUGCAUUCCCACAGAAAGGCUCACGGUGCUGCCAAUGCUGUACCCCAAGUUCCGACCCCCAUUACCAACUUUGACGAGGAUGAGAGUGAUCUCAAGUUGAUUUGCAGCAAACCCAGAUGGCUCACAAAAGGGGCUGAACCGGAUGCUGUCCUGAACGAGGUAGGCCCAUCCACUACAAUAAGCAAUGCACCACAGGUUGCUCCAACUUCCAACAACCUUGAUGCGGACAGCUUUCUGAAGGACCUGGAGAUUAUGGAUAUCAACGAGCCCAAAACCAAAAACUGUGCCAAGAACAGCAAGAAGUACCAAAAUUGUGAGAUUUUCAGGCAAGCUCUCAUCUAUCUCACUCAUCCUGCACUGCAACUGACUACCUGA